UGAAUAACUGAACAAAUUAGCUGACAAUAGUUGACAACAAUUAACACUCAUUUGAAUCUAACUCUACUGAGAUGUCCGAAAGCCGAGAGUUUGAUAUCGUACUGUUCGGCGCCACAGGUUUUACCGGUCAGUUCGUUGUCGAAGAGUUGGCCCGAAGUGCACAACAAGAGUCCAUCAAAUGGGCGACCAGUGGAAGGAGUCGUGAAAAGUUGGCUAAAGUGUUGACCACUGCGAGCGCCGAGACUGGUAUAGACGUGACAAACAUUGCCACCAUUGAAGCCGAUGUCCAGUCGGAAGAGUCUCUGCGAGCGAUGACCGCACGGACUAGACUUGUGUUGAAUACUGUCGGCCCGUUUCGGUUCUUCGGGGAACCAAUUAUCAAAGCGUGCGUCGAGACGGCUACUAAUCAACUGGACAUCAGCGGUGAACCGCAGUAUAUGGAGUCAAUGCAAUUGAAGUACAAUAAGAUUGCCCACCAAAAGGGUAUAUACAUUGCCGGUGCCUGUGGUUGGGGUUGUGUUGUCUGUGAUUUAGGCGUUCAGUUCCUUAAGAAGCACUUCAAUGGAGAACUCAAUUCUGUGGAAACGUUUCUUACUCUUAAGACCGGACCUAAAGGAUUGAGUACAAACUACGGCACGUGGCAGUCGGCCAUUCAUGGCUUCGCAACCAAACAUGAAUUGAAAGAUCUUCGGCGCCAACUCUAUCGGGAAGUGUUUACUAAA